AUGGUCGUGCACAUCCAGGUCCUGAGUGUGCAGUCGAUUGAGACUGCACCAAGCCUCCUCUUGGCCACUGAAUCCCGUCGCUUCCUAUUCAAUGUCGGUGAAGGCACUCAACGCUUAUGCAUGGAGCACCACAUCCGUCUAGCCAAGCUCCAGGACGUGUUUCUGACCGAGUUGCGGUGUCAUACAAUCGGAGGUCUCCCCGGUAUGGUGCUCACUGUCUCGGACACGGGCAAGACUGGGUUACGUGUGCACGGCCCUCCCGAUCUUCAAAAGUACCUGAAAGCUACUCGUCACUUCUUGUAUCGUCCUCAUUUCAAGUUAGAAGCAGCUGAAGUGAUGCCGAGUUCAAGCGAAGGUGACCGGAUAGCACCUCCAUCGAGCUGCUAUGAAGACAACGAGGUGCUGGUGUACGCGGUGGCUGUAGCCAAAGCUCAAAUUGGAGCCAAACGGAAGCUCAACGAGACUCUGUUGCCUGCAGACAGUGACACGACAAACAAACACGUGAGUGUCAGUUACGUCAUUGAGACGAGGACGCAGCGUGGCAAGUUCUUGGUGGACCGAGCACUGGCGCUGGGUGUACCGAAGGGAAAGUUGUUUGGCCAACUGCAUCAAGGGAAGGACGUGACGCUGCCUGAUGGUCGCGUCGUCAAGUCGAUUGACUGUGUUCAGCCUUCAGGGCCUGCUGCAGCUUGUGUGAUCUUGAGCUGUCCGACGACAGCGCAUGUAGAUGCGCUCGUGAGUAGUCAUGGGUUCCAUCGGUACCGAAAGAUGGCAGAUAUGCAGUGUGCUGCAGUGCAGGUGGAUGUGAUUUUCCAUACUGGAAGUCACGAAGUACUGCAUCAUCCCAAAUAUGCCAUGUGGGUCCGAAGCUUUGGGGACCAAGCACGACACGUGCUGCUUGGGCAUAGCGCCUGUGCACAGAAGACAGUGCACCGCGCUUCAGCAAAAUUGCAGGCACAGAUGCACGCAGUUUUGCCCCGUUCUUUUCCGUCAAAUGAGAUGCACGAAUUGAGAGAUGCUGCGGUGUGUUUCUCACGUGCUGUGCCCGAUAUCUCAUCGCUGGAACUCACUGGAACGACGUCCGGUAACACCACAAUGGAACACCUUGAGCCUGCAACAUCGAAAGUGGUGCUUGGCGAGAGCAUGUUGAAGUUCGUGCUAGCUCCUCAAGCUCGUCGUGGCUUUGAUGCGUCCGAUUGCUGGCCACGUCUUGAUUUUGACCAGAUUCGCGAAAGCGUUAGCCCGGUCGUGGAUUUUGUGGCAAAGGCGUCUUUGACUUCAGAGACUGAUCGCCGGCUGGACGAUGACCUCAUCGAUGGUCGAAUCACGUUUCUUGGCACGGGCUGCGCUAUUCCUUCAAAGUAUCGCAACGUCACGGGCAUGUAUCUUGAGCUCCCGAGUGGCAAGCAAGAAGACGGCACAGACACGAGUUGGGCUGGCUUGAUGCUCGAUUGCGGUGAAGGAAGUGUAGGGCAAAUGUACCGAUACGUUGGUGGCGAUGAGAAGCGACUGCAGGAGCUGGUUGACCGCCUCAAAUGUGUCUGGAUUUCACACAACCACGCUGAUCAUCACUUGGGUUUGCUGCAAUUGCUGAGCCAUCGCGCUGACGAAACAAGCUCGGAACCGUUGCUUGUGAUCGGGCCGAUGGCACUGGGCUUUUGGCUUGAAGAGUACGCAGCAAUCGAUCCCGUGGUGCAAGGCAAGUUUUCCUUCGUCGAGAGCUACAGCUUUGAUGCGAAUGACUCGCGCAGUGAGGAAGUUGACACGCAUGUUGAAGCAGCCCGAGUUCGCGCUUGGCUGCGUGAAACACUGAACAUUUCGCAGUUUGAGUGCGUCCCCGUGAAGCACGCAAUGCAGUCGUAUGCUGCGGUCUUGACUUUCAUCGACGGCUCGAAGUUGGCCUUCUCUGGUGAUUGUCGACCCAGCGAUGAGUUGGCACAAAAAGCGAUGGGAGCGUUCUUGAUCGUGCACGAGGCUACGUUUGAAGACGACUUGAGCAAGGAGGCCAAAGAUAAAGCGCACAGCACUAUCGCUGAAGCUAUCCAAGUUGGUCGUCAAGCGAAAGCCCGUCAUUUGAUGCUCACACACUUCAGCCAGCGAUACCCGAAGUCGGCUGUGGUUUCCAGCUCGUGCAAUGAAUGCGAUGGGGAUGAAGCUCCUCCCAUGGAAGUGCUCACUGCUGUCGACAUGCUAUCGUUGCGAUUCCGCGAACUUCGACAACCGCAUUUGGUCCAAGUGUGUUCGCAGCUGAUGACGCCGGAGGAUGAAGCACAGGUUGACGUCGAGUCCGCGGCUAGUCUCACUACACCACAAAAGAAGUGCAAGGAGAAGAAAGCACAACAGAGUACCGAACGCACCGAGCAGUAG